UUCGCAUGUUCAUUAUACAUCCAACAGUUUGAGGGCCGAACCAAAAGAAUAGAAUUUUCAUCAGUUCUAGAUUUCGCCAUCGCCCUAACGUCUAUCAUAUUUUCCGUUCUCCUUUUUCUCAAGUUUCUUUUUGUUAGGGCUAACUCUUGUAUUACAUAUGACGCGAACAGCGGGUAGAAUGGCGUCACGGUUUAAAGUAUUCAGUAUACUUUGAUGCCCGCCGCCUUUCGAACUGGAAAGGACUUAUAAAACAGGUACGUGGCAAGCCAGCAACGUUAUGGCCAAUUUUCAAUCCAUCAUUUAGAGUGAGGUUAGUCUAAACACAAUGCCAUGCUUAAAGUCUACUAUUUCAUGGAUCUAAUAAUUUAUGUGCGACCCUCGGGGCCAAAUGCCGGUUAAUCCCAGAUUCCUUCCGAUCGAAAAUGCAAGGUAUAAUAAGUGCUGCAACUGCAUUUGCUAAUUCGUGAACAAUCCAUUUAUUCCUAACGUAACUCAUAUUAUCUUCAGACUAGGAGUUCGGUGCUUACAAUUUGGCUGAAGGGAGACGCGGUAUUGACAGAUUUUUUUCCCUAUCCUUCCACCUCCUUCCGUUUAGCCAUUUCUCAACGAUUCGAAGCGCACCCACCGAUAUAACAUGGCGUUAUAUCGUUACUCUUGACAAUGUUACAGUCAAACGUCGAGUCAGUUUCUGGCCCGGAAGCAGUGAUCGGCAGUCCAGGGACCAAUCUAAGGACACUUCACCCUGCAGCCCCACCUACAGGGUGGAGGACCAUGCAUCCAACUGCCCCGCGAUCCAGCCGAUCAUCAGUUCACUCCUUGGCUCCAUCUCCCACCGUAGCACCUUCGCCGUGUCCUUCACCAUCACCGUCACCAUCGUUAGCACUUCCACUUCCCCAACAACAACAGCAACACAUCAUCUACGGACCGAUAACAGCAUUGCAGCCUUGCACCGCAGCUCUGCACCCCCCCUGUGUUUACCCUUCAAACACUCAGCGAGGUACGAGUACGCCGGUAUCGGUACCACAGCAGGCCCAAGGUAAGAGCACGAAAUGGCACGGAAAAUCUAACAAUAAGCCCCCGAGAGGCCAGUACUGCCACGGCCAGCCCGGUCAGUCUGCGCAUCCAUCCUACGCUGGAAAAUCGUUGGUGGUGUACGAUCAGACGCAAACCGGAACGCCGGUAUCAACCUCCUCGUUCCUAGUCUCUUCGUCAGCUUUCGCUCACGGCCAGUUCCCAGCCGAGCACUACAACAACUCAAGCGUUGCCCUUGUACCUCCACCGUACUUCAAACCACCCGAAGUUCAAACUUUCUGCCUUGUCCAGGAUCGGCAGACUGCUCCGCAACACAACUCAUACUACAACAUCUCGGCCACUAACACUUGCAGCCUCCAGAAUGUUAACUCGACCUCUGGAUUUCAGCUGCCAAAUAUCGCUCCGUACACUGUAACCGCGUUCCCAAAUAAUCAGAUUCCCGCACCCGUCCCAGUCCAGUCGACACAGUUAUUUCAAACCGCCCCCGUCGGCUUAGUCUUCGGUCCGCCACCGCGAGAGAAACAUGCGACUACCUCGGUGCUUGAUGUAUCAACGUCGGCAAAAUACUUGAGGAAUAAACAUCCAGGCAGUACGGCAAAUCCGAAAAUUCCCACGAUACCUCAGCUGCAAAACGAGUGGCCACCAUCGCUUACUCCUACCACCAACUGCUCUUCUUCCUCUGCCGCCGCAGCUACCAGCGUCACUGUGCCUGCUCUUUCCUCCAACAAUAUCGCAUUUGAUGCCUGCAAGAGCCCGCAAGACACUUCGUUUCCGAAGCUAAGUGUCCCGACGCCGCUGAAGCAAGCCCAGGACCGUUACUCCGACGACCCCUCGGUCAGCUUUGACUUCACCAUCGAAGCGGAAAAGAUGGUAUCCGCUCUCUGCAAUACCGCUUCGUCGAACGAUCUUGGAGGUGUCUGCGGAAAGGACGAGAUCCGGAAAUCAGAAACGAGCUACUUCAACGGGGCCGGAGACAACGUGGGGAACAAAGGAAGCUGGUUCGCUGACUUGGGGAUCGACUACUCCCUUAACGGAGAUGGUGGUUCUCGAACUGUGGGGACUCAGACUCAACCGAAUCAGGUCUUCGCUCAGCAACUGCCCGAACUGAUACGCAAGACUGCGUAUUGGGGCUGUAGUGAGGCCGAGUCAAUAUUGAACUCGGUUAAAUACCAAAAUCCGAAGCAGACCUGGCUGUCGAAUAUCUCCUCAGCAACGAGGACCGCUAUUACAAAGUCCUCCACCUGUUUCCCCGUCUUUGCAGGCGACGGAAAAUUUGUGCAUGACCUCAUAAGCGCUCUGCUACGAGUAACCAAUGGUUGGCUGAUUCUGGAUAAUUAUUUGAACAAGCAGCACUAUCCCAAUUUAACGGACAAAAUUGACGAUGAACUUACUAGAUGCUUUCAAGGCUGGGAAGGAAGCACUUACGAGCUGCUCAGAAACGUGGUUCAGACCUUUCUUAAACUCGACGAAGCUAGUAAAUCGAAUUUCAAUCCGACGUCUGGCUCACAGUCCGAAACACAGAACGGUUCUUUCCCAGGAGACGUUUCCUUGUACACCAAUUCCGAUGUUUUCUGUCCCGCUGUAAAUACUGCCAGCUGUCAACAUCGUUCGGAUAAUAACAUCCUAUCUUCAGCGUUCCCCUUUCAACAACCACAAGAGUCGGCUUAUGCGGUACACUACACUCCGCAACCCGCUGGAGUACAGAAUUUUCGUUACUUCAACACUCAACAAGGACUAAAAGAGACAAAACCGCGCAGUAAGUGGACACUAACCGAGAGCUUGGUCUCGGCUACGGAAGGUACAAAGUCGGUACCAGAUGUUACUCUUACAAACAGCGAAGCGGGUCUUGGUGGAUGCAAAUUUCGGUCAAAAAUAAAUUCAUCUUCGGGAAAAGGCACCUCGCGACAGUCUCUGAAUGCGGAAUUUGUCGACCUGAGGAAUAAAGUUGUGGAAAGUAACUCUGACACCGUUAAACAAUGGAACAUGAACGCUGAUUCCAGGAGGAAGACGGAUUUUCUUUUCAGAAUAAAAUCUACUGGCGAAAUGGAACCGGUUUAUAAGGCGAAUUCAUCCACGGGACUUGUAUCGAUGUAUUCGACGAAGAUAUCUGACACAGCGUAUGAUACAGGCGGUACAACAAGGCUAUACACGCAAAAUCCUGAGGCAGUGUUUCGUCAUGCCACUUCGGUAGCCGAACCAGCUUAUAUCGGUAGACCGACUAUACUAGGAGAGUCCAGUUUUAAUAGAAAGUUUCACAGGGAUAACGACCACCGAAGUAAAUCUUUAAAGUGCAUGGAUCAAAAUUAUUUAGCCAAAUCAGGAAGCGGCGUCGGCACAAUUUGCUUAGGAAAAUCGUCAACCGAUCAUUUAGAAUUGGCUACAGUGCCUAAAAACAAAAUGACCCUGCUGAGUCAGAUUGAACCAAGCGCGACUCUGAGCAAAGGACCCGAGGAAAUGGCAGCCAGUCUGUCAGCUUGGUUUGCUAGUAUGCGAACUUCGAAUCCAAUACUGUCUGCAAGCUCGACGGGAAAUUCUGAAAAUCGUCUCUCGGAGAAUUACAAGUCACCCCAUUCUCAGGACCUGUCACGGAGCACCAUUGACAUGACCAGGCAACUUCAAAUGGACCCUAACCGGCAACUGAAGACUCUGCAGAACAUGCAGAGCAUCCAAAGCGCUCCCUGGAACGCCUGCAACCUGAUCAACAAUCGAAACAAUGUUCAGCAAAUCGAGGAGUACGACAGCUCGGAAGAUGUGAGGGUGUACAUGAAACCAGGAAGCUACAAUGUCCCGAAAAAACGACACCAACGACGUCCAAAUAAACGCGUGGAAAAUCCACCAGUUCUGAGAAAUCCCAGCGGUAACAUAACCCAAAAUAAUUCCGCAUCCACCCAACGACUUCAGUUCCAAGCUGUGCCGGCCCUCCCGCCAUCUUCACUUUCGCUAGACAAUUCCCCUCGGAUCUUACGCCGGGUAAAUUCUUCUUCGUCGCAUGAUUUCUCUCAGGACGUUACAUGGAAGGCAGCUUGUGCUUCUGCCGAGAUACUGCUGGAAGCUCUGGCUGUGAAGGAGGGUGAAAUGGGCGCAAGUGAGGUCAAAGAAACCCCCGCCCGAAUGAGCCCAAGACCAAAGUGUCAAGACGGUGGAGCCUCCAGCUAUGAGGCUUCGGAGGAUGACUCGGGGUCAACGUGCAAGUUGUCCACUUCCGGCUUGCAAUCCGAGGACACCAAGAUGAGUAAAACUAAUAUCAAGACGGACUCUUGGUUGAUCAGAACUCUGAAUAAUGCCAGUAUCAAACAGAGGCAAGAACCCGACUUGGACAGUUCAGAGUCUUUCAACAGCUCUAUACACGAGGAUGAACUGGUCCCAGGGAACUCGGGGAAAAAGCUUGACACUAGUUUGAGUCGCAGUCGAGAACCUAGAGACGAAGACCAGACUACGGACUUGGCUGAAGGGAUUGCCAGGGCGACAUACUCGGAGACGGUGCGACGCUGUGCCUCUGGUAACGGCACAAAAGAGUCGUGCCGAUCGCGACCUCAGAAGGCUACACUGGCGAACACUUCGGGAACCGGAAAUAUCAUGUCGGCUCGGAAAUGUCAGCGCAAAGAAAGCGAGCGUUCGUCGCUGUCGUACAAAUCGCGAAAAUCAGUCGGAAAGGGAGUCGCGAAGGAUACGGAUUUAGCUCCGAGCGAGGAUAGUUGCGUCAAGAUAAAAUUACCUAAGGAUGAAAUUCCCCGAUUGCCCGUGGUCAAAGGACACUCGAAGAAAAAAGACGCGGUAUCCGUAAAUUCUGGAGAGAAUGGAAAGAACAAAGGUGGAGAUCGUGGCUGGUCGGUUUGGUACAGCUCCCGAAGAAGACAAAGUCUAAGUCCACUUGCAUCGAGAAAGCUAGAGGCGAUUCACGACACGGUCUGGCAGAUGGAAGAGGCUGAAAUUUUCAAGUAUCCUCCGUCAAAUUCGCUGCCGAUGCGCUCUUCGAGAGAAUCGAGCGAAGAUUAUUACAAGGUCAUAAAGAGUCCCAUGUUCCUCGAAACAAUCGGCUACAAGCUCAAAAACAAAAUCUAUCAUAAGGUGGAACACGUCAUUCGAGAUUUCAGAAGAAUCAUCUUCAACUCGAGGAUGUAUCACAAGAACGAUGCCGAUCGCAUGGCGCGCGUCGAAGCGUUGUCGCAAAAACUCGACAACCUCUUCGACGAACACUUUACAAGCUGGGAUUUUGAAAAUAUAACCGGAAGCCCGCGGGACGGCAACGGAUCGCCAACUCCAUCCCGUUACAAAUUGCCAUCGCAGAAAGCGACGCGUUCCGUAAAUACGAAAAAAAGUCCGUCAGUUCAUAUAGAUCUAGAUAACUCUGGCUCAGUACACUAAAGAUACCCAAAGAAUAAUAGUUUUCUAAUUGUCUAAUGAUGUUUAUGCUUUUUGUACGGGAUUCACAAAUGCAAUACGAUCGUUUACACCCAUCUAGCUCCUUGCUUAUCUGACUUACCUCGGCUAUUUAAUUGUAAUAUAGGUUCCAGGUACCACAGAUUCAUUCCUAAUUGGUUCUAACCGUUCAAUAACGAACGACUCUGAAACUGGUCAGUAUUGAUUAUCAUCGAGCUAGAGUAACAUGAUUUAGGACAUUGUUAUGCGCAUGAAACGUGAUGAACCGAGGCCUACCUCAUGGUUAAAAACUGUUUAGAGAUAUAGGGAAAAUGAGGGAGAGUUGAAGCAACGCCUACGAUCAUUACAAAAGUAAUAAUAAUAAUAAUAAUAAUAACAAUAAUAAUAACACUAACAAAGGUUACAUUAGCAAUAUCGGUGGCAAUAGAUAUAAUAAUAAUGAAGAUGUUAAUUUGAUAAUCGUAAUUUUUUGAACGCACUAUUAGAUUUGUGGAAAUCGUUAGGUUUUUAUAUCCGAAAUAUUAUAUGCACGACACAAUGUAUUGUAAGCUAAGCCGUGACGGCUUUGAGUUUGGUUUUGAUCAGGAUACCUUCUUAUUGUCAAAUGCUUCUUGGAAAAAAUUUUUUUGAUUUCCGUUUUUUGUGAGUAUUGUGUGGAAAUGUUGACAGAUGAUGGAAUAUGUGGCAAUAAAUAUCUUCUCUUACAUAUUAUUAGUACAAUGGUUUCAAUUCUGAUACUGCAUUACGUUACGAGAAGGUUGUUUGUUUUUUUUUACUUAUGUACUGUACAAAAAAAUGUUAUUCAUCCAACAUCCUUAACUAUUACACGAGUUGAUCAGGGUGAGGAGAUAAAUCUCAAUGUGUGGAUUACUUCUACUUAAUUUAUUCUGUUUCGUCUAAUUGCGACAACAACAUUAUAUAAUUUAAAUUAAAUUAAAAACUAACUUACGAGAGAAUUGUUUGAUGAAAAAAUAUUAUUCGGUAGCGAAGAAACUGAAUUCGUACAUAAUUUAUAUUUGCAUUUGUGAAUAUUUGUUGCGGACUUCAAGCACCAUACAAAUUACUUGGUACAUCAUCGUAUUAUGUACAUACAUGUAUUCAUUUUCUACCUUGGUCAUUGACUAGUGUAAUAUUAUUCUACUAAACGGAAUUAUUUUCAUAUACAUAUAUUUCAUGUAUAUUGUUGAUCAUAAUGCGUAACGAACAUUUAAAGACAAGUAUGUCAAUUUGUAACAGAGAUAUUUAUAUUUCACGGAGCAUAUCUUGGAUGCGUACGGCCUAAUAACCUAAAACCAAGACUAAAAUUUUUUUAAACGCCGAGUAAUUGAAAAUGAAAAAUUUCAUAAAUGACAUCUAAGCAAGUUAAAUGCAUGAAGAGCACUAUUGGAAACAUCAGUAAAUAUUAACAUUAUUAUCUGCAUUCUUUAAAUAGCAGUAUACCCUUUGGUUACACUACAAUUUGAAAAUGAUAUAAAGUUUGUAUAUUUCAUUUUGAUCGUAGAGUGAAGAAAAGUGAUUCAGGAAGCGUUCAUCGAGAAGAAUCACUACAUGAUUUAUCUUAGGUAUAACAGGAUUGAUAAAGAAAGAAUGAUAUCCUCGGGGACGUUAGAUCAUACCGGGAAAAUUUUUACACUUAAAUUUUUGUCGUACACUUCCAUUUCAAUUUACCAAUGACAAUAUUCUACACUCGAAUUAUACGUAUAACUCGAUAUGAUAACAGCAGUGGAAGGAAACUAUUACUUGUAGCACCUGAUCUAUUACAAUACGUGACUAACCUAAUUCUAUGACCGUAUUGCGCUGAGUAUAUAACGUAUAACAAGCUAUAAUUUCAUGCCGAAUAUAAAUAGGAUCGAAACCCAGAAUCUUUGUCCAGGAAUUUAACGAUGCAAAGAUUGAAUCUUGAAUCUUUAUUCUAAAAUCUUUGUAAUAAUUUUUAUAAAAGCUCUGGCGAAACUUAUUUUUUCAGGUCCAUUUGCAGUCAGCCUUCAAU